AACAAUCUUGGCUGGACGACACCACAGAGAAAGUCAUGCCUGUAUCAUGUGAUCCCCUCUCCAUGCAAAGUAUCUGCGGUCCGGUCAGCUUCGGAGUUAAAGCACCAAACUCUUAUACCAACCUCAGCUCUAAACGCCAAGCCCUACAAAACGAUGGUAGGCGCCAACCAUGAUUCCGAGUCAGACCGGUGCUCAGUAAAAUGCUCUACUUGAAAAGCCGUCCAUCCCCAAGACUUGAAAUAUGUCUGCUGUUCUUCUUUUCCUCACGGACCUUGACCUUGAAACGAUCCCAGCGCUCAAUUUAUAAUCUUGCACAAGUAUCAACCCUUUCAAACAUGAGUUCAAACUGCUCUCAUUUCCUGUCAGCUUUGCCGCCUCUUCACCUACUGUGUUUCUCUUUUUUGCUUGGGGCAAACCUAUACCAAAGCUUCAUCAUGGCCAAGAUCAGCUACCGAGCCCUCCCAAAGUCCGCUUUCCGAAGCCUUCAGAAACAGGCCUGGCCGUUUUAUUUCCGAUCCCAAUCAUUAUUGGUCGUUAUCACUGCUGUGACUAUCCCGCGAGAUGAUCUUGUUCCCUUCGAGGCAAGCCUCAUGAGCUGGGUUCCCCACGCCGUUGCGUUCACCUCAGCAAUGUUGAAUACAUUCAUCUUUGAACCUGCUACACGGAAGGCCAUGGUUCAAGUUACUCAUCAAGAAACGAGAGAUGGGCCUAGCUGCAACACGACACAAUACGAUGAGAACAAGGUGAUGGAGGAUGCUAGUGUCAGGCCAUCGUCGGGGAUGGUGGUGGUGAAGAGACGGUUUUCAUUCAGCCACGCAAUGUGCAUCCACCUCAACCUGUUGACACUGGGCGCUGUGUUGGCUUAUGGUUGGACAUUGGCCGCGAGGAUCCAGUGAAGGAGGACUGAGGCUGAGAACUGCGUCUUGGUAUAGUGUCCAGUGGCGGAUGCUACUCUUUGUUAUGAUGACGGAACUGGGACAAGCUCUAGACUUGAUGCUAUUGUCGAUCAUUAAGCUGAUCUUGGCUGCAAUGAUAUCAAAGUUUGAGUGCGGCAGUGAUGUUCGGAUUGGGCUUGUUCCGAUGGAGUGGCUCACUACAUGCCAAAGAAGUGAAUACCCAGCUGUGUCUAUUUUGGGAGUCGUCUAGAUGUUUCGUUAGAGCAAUAGACCACUAUUACUAC